AUGAAUGAGAAUACUGCAGCUAACAAGUUAGAUCAAGAGAAACAUAGUGCAUGUUCAGCACUGGCUAUUGAUAUAUUCAACACUCAUCAUCCACUCCUCUCUCAGUCUCUCUCUGAUCCUGUCAAUGUAUCUAUUAUGCUUCAAAGAGAGGGUGUCAUAACAGGACAAGUAUUGGCUAGUGUGGAAUCAGCUAGUCCCUCUGUUCCUAAUCAACGUGAAGUCUUGUUAGCUGCCAUUAGAGUAGCUAUUGAAAGCAAGUAUAGUUUACUACAAACAUUUGCUAGUGUGUUGUGCAAGUUCACUGGUAAUGUAAAACUAGGAACAGCUAUACAAAGAAGUCAUGAACCUUCUGGUUCUGAUUCCAAUAAAUCAACACCUACCAAUGUUGCUCCUCUUUACAUUCCACAAUAUAAAAGUCGAGAUUUUGAUGUGCUUUAUGCAAAAUUUGCAGAAAUGUUUGCUAAUGUUCGCAAAGUUAUUUUUAAAUUUCGACCUCCUUUAAAAGAACUUAAGAUGUUUAUUGAAGAUUUCGACUCUGACCUUGAAGCAGAAUUGAGUUUGAUAAAAAAUCUUCAAGGUGUUAUGCGUCUGAUUAGAAACAAUUGCCGUCUCAUUAAUAUUGUGAUUCUUGAAGCUGUUGUUAAGCAUUUUAAGAUUGAUGAUGCUCAGAAAUACAUUGAUGAUUACAAGAGAGACAUUGAUGAGUCAUGUCAUAAUUUAUCAGUUGAUCUGUGCUUGAAUGAGCCAUUUGAUGUAGUUAGGGCCAGUCCUCCUCUUAAAUGUGAAACAGCUACUUAUGUACUUGGAUGGGAAGCUACUGAGCAUAAGCUAAAGGACGUUACAGAAAUCGUGUCAAAAUCUUCUGAUAAAUUUGUAAAGAUACUUGACAUCAAAAGCAUUGAAUCCAUUACAAUCACUUGCUCCUUCCCUCACUCUCUCACUGGAGCUCUCAUUAUAAAAUUGAGUGAGAAUCUUGAAUUAUUAAUAAAGAAUGGUCUAAUGAAGCUUACUGUUGGAUACUGCACCAUAUGGAAGAAAAAAGUAAGAAAUCAGACUCUAGUCUCACCUCACCCCUUCACUCAAACUCAAAAAGUACUAGCAACAUCAGUAGACAACACAAAUCAACUGCAAAUUACUGAUCUUGCUGAGGUACUUCAAUUACUCAAAAGACAUGGUUUUUCAGCAACCACUUACUAUGAUCUUGGUCUAUAUUUUGGUCUAUCCUCUGCUACACUGACUGUUAUUAUAGUGAAUAGCAAAGGAAAUGUUUUAGCAUGUCUGUGUGAGUGUCUCAAAGCAUGGCUAGAGAAAGCUGAUGAUGUACAGAAAAAAGGUGGUCCUACUAUCUAUUCAUUGGUAUCAGCAUUGAGGGAAUUAGGAGAGAAUGGAGUAGCUGAUGGAAUAGAUAUGGAGAAGCAUCCUGCUUGUAAAAUUCUUGCUUGUCAUUUAGUUCAACAGUCUCUUUUGACUGCCUUGCCACAGUUGGUUAUACUUUUACAAAUAGAAAAAAUGAUAAAAGAGAUGAUCCUCCCAGCUAAUAUACAAGGAGAGGAUCUGUUGAUUCAAAUAAAAGAAACUGUUUGCAAGGAUUAUCAAAAACUGAAAGUAUUUGCUGAGAUUUUGUGCAAAGUAAAAGCCUUUGCUGAGAUAGGAAAUACUAUCAUGAAAGAGUACAGAGAAGCUUAUUGCACUAAUGACUUCAUUCAAGCAAAUGAUGCCAUUGAACUGAAGAUUUAUCUUCCUAUUAAUGUUACUUUACAGCUUAAGAUGAUGCGAUUAAAGAUGGGCCAGACAUUCUUCAAAGUAGGAUCAAUCAUGAUGAGCAACCCUCAGUCUCCAUCCCUUGAUAAUAUCAAAUCAGUAUUGCGUACAUAUGACAAAGCAUUAAGACCUCAAGUGGCUCAGUGUCAAGAUAUUCGUGAACUUUUAGAAUUAGUUUGUGAUAACUGUCAGCUUGAUGAUAUUAGUAUGCUGGAGUUUUUUGUUAAUGAGUUCAAUAUAGAGGAGGCUAAGCCAGUUAUUAAGGAAUAUAAAGAAGCUGUUGAGGAGCUAAAGGAAAUAAAACUCAGUCAGUGUCUAGAAGAGCAGCUUUCAUAUCCUUUGCCACUUGAGUGUGAAAUAAUUAUCAUUAUUGUGGAUAAAGAUACUUAUAAAACCACACUUAGGGAUGUACAGAGACUGUCAUCAGCUGUACUUAAGAAUUUAUCACCACAUGUCGAGAUAAUUGUCAUUGGAGAAGGCAAUUAGAACUAGAAACUAUAGCAACAUGCCAUUGAUUUUCCCUGUUCACUGUUUUCCGUGAAUUAUUUGCUACGUGUAAUUAUUCCAAAUAAUAAUUAUUAAAAUGAU